UACUAACUAAAAAUCAAAUGUGCAAUCAGGAUGUGUUAACAUUUUAGUGAAAAAUAGUAAGUUUUCGAUUUCCAAAGGAAAAGGACAAUUUUCCAGGUAGAUUUAUAAAAUGACAGAAAAGAGGACUGUGUUUGAACUGCACAGCAGUGUGAGUCUUCCUGCGCUCCCGUAUCCCUUCCACGCUCGGGAGGUGAAAAAGAAAGGUUCUGUCUGUAAGGAUGUGGAUUAUUCACAAGUUGUCAAAGAGGUACAAGAUGACAUCCGCCAGCUUCGAGAGAGGAUUAACCAUGGGGACGGGGGCAGCAUCAACAUCAAGGACCUGGAGAGUGCCCUGGCCAAAACUGAGGAGGGGCUACAGAUGAAGACAGAGCAGGUGAUCAACCACUACAACAACCAAGUACAGACCCUGCCCACGGCCCUCAGUACCAGGUUUGACCCGGGCAUGGUGGCCAUGGAACAGACGUGGGACCUUAGAAAUAAGACUAAAACAGAAAUGAAAAGAACACAUGACCAGCAGUAUCUUGCCAGAGAGAAGCUAAGACAGCCACAACCUCCAGGGGCACUGUUACCUAAACGACAGCAGGUUCAGGUAGCGGGACCAUCUCCAGGUCAACAGACAAAACACAUGUUAACACUGAGAGCUGUAUUGAACCCAAUGCAUGGACAGAACAGACAAUCUCUCAACGACAAUUUUGGAAUCCAACUUCCACUUAUACCUCAGCGCAAUGAAAAUAAGAGACAGGUCAGACUUAUACAAAAGGAUAAUAGCGGAGUGGUCAUAAAAGUGACCCGUAAUAUCCCACGUCCGAUGAUAGGGACAACGGUGGAACCACUGGCUGUACUCCCACGAGCUAACAGGGCCGACCCACAGAUUGCCCCUCCCCCUAUAUCAGAAGAUGAUGCUAGGAAGGGUAUCCUGAGUUUACUGGAGAGGGGUUUGAUUCCACCAGCAGCAGAACUUACUCUAGACCCUUCACCUGUUCGACACAAGACAGCACCUCUUCACGACCCACAUGUAAAAAAUAAACCAACUCAGCCAGAGAUGUCCCAUCAUUUGGCUGGAGUAAAACUGGACAUCAAACCAACAAAGAAGGCCGAAAUAGACGAUAAUGUGACACGGAUACCCAUAGUCCCUCCACACCCAUUGUCUGCCCAUAGUACGGAGACAAGGACCCCCUCAGCUAAGACUCGAGCCACGUCAGCGUCUAUGCCAUUGAUAAAAACGCCAGCCACACUUAAAACCUUUGAUCUGCCACUACAGCCAAUGGAGUUGAUACAGUCACCUGACCUCAACAAGAUAGUCCAUAUCCCGGGACAGUCUUCCAGCACAGUCAGGCCCGCGGACAUUACCUACCUACCCCACAUUAAGCCACCACCUACGACCCCCGCUAGUGGUGACAUCAAACACCUUACCCAUAGGUUUGCCAUCCAGAACGGAAAGAUACGGGACACGUCUGCCGAGUUUUUGACGUUCAAACAACACUACUGUCUAACCUGGGGAAGCAUUGUAUCAAUGAUCAGACACCUGGAGAGGAUGAUGCAGGAAUUCACCAUUCCUAUUGCCUUUAUCAAUGGAGACAAACUUGCUGACCUGUCCCUGGAGUUUGAGCUUGAGAAGGCCCCAAGUGUGGAUGACUUACUUACUGUCAUUGUCAACCGAGAAGAUGUGGAGGUCAUCAUGAACCGGCCUGGGAGACGAUUUAAGGGUCCGAAUGGGAAAAAUGUGGCAGCCACUCGUAUCCAGUCUUCGUGGCGGAUGUUCCGUGAUCGUUCGGAGUAUCUGGAAUAUCGUAAGAAGAAGUGGGCAGCAGGUGUUAUUGCUAUCUCCUGGAUCAUGACUAUAAAGAUGUCACAGGUCAAACAGAAACUCAAACAGAGUCGCGAGGAUCAGCUGGAGGCAUUCAGACGGAGGGCAAAGAAGUUUGCGAUGUCCUGGGACAGAAUCAAGCAGUCCAAGCGGGUGAUCAUCCACAUGUCCUCCCUGGGGCUGUCUCAGAACAUCAGGGACACCAUCCAUGAGUUUGGGAUCCGUCAGAACACACAGAUGGCCCGCCUCUGUGACAUCCGCGACCCCAAUGUGGAUGUGAUAUUUAUCUCACCGGUGCCCCUCAGUGAGGAAACCCUCCAGUACUACAGCAAGCUGCUGGGCCUGAAGGCAGCCGUUGACUCGGGAAACGUCGAGGACCAGUGUGUCAUGUCUGAGCGGUACCGCAUUAUUACUCCCGAUGCCAUCAAGAGCUUCCCUACCCAUAGGAUGUGUCUGUCCACACUCCUGAAAUACAGUCCACGCACCAUCAAACGUAUAAAACACCUGAUCAAGGGUCGUGAAGCAUACAUGGUGUCAGGCGUUCCCCACAGCGACGACCUGGCGGUAGCCGACGAGCUUGAUGUGCCAAUCCUCUCUCCUGAGCCUGAGGUUGCACACCUGUACUCCACCAAGUCUGGCUGUAAGAGAAUCUUCGCAAGUGCUGCUGUUGACCUGCCCCCAAGUGAAUACGAUGUAUAUAGUCUGGGACAGUUACACGAAUGUCUGGCACAGCUAGUUACGGAGAACCUGACUGUGAAGCGUUGGCUGUUUAAGCUUGAUGAUGAGUUUGAUGGACGUGGCAUUGCAUACUGUGAUGUGACGGAACACCUACAGUGUUACCCUUGGGCCCUGAAGGAGUCACGGCGGUACGGUGAGAAGUGGAGCAAAAAGUGGGCACAGGAAGCAGCAUACAUUAAAAUCCAUGCAGAAAUAGCAGACGUGUUACACGCAAAUUCAAAACCAGUUCAUACCAGUAUUUAUGCGACCUGGGAAACCUUCCUAGAGGCUUUCCUCAGUCAAGGUGGAGUGAUUGAGGCCUGCCCGCCCUCCGAGAGCAUCACGACACUAACAGUAGACAUGAUGAUCGAGCCGAACGGUAAACACAGAAUGGUUUGCUGUGGGGACCAGAUCCAUGCAGAAACACCCUUCAGCUGUUGGGGGGUAUCGGUACCCCAGUCUUCUGUCGAACCAGAUGUCCUCAAUGUCGCCUGUAAACAGAUUGCGGAGGCCUGCAAAACCAGGGGUAUUCUGGGAUACUUCUCCGUCGACUUUGUCACAUUUAUAGACCCUAAAACUAUGGAGCAGAGGCUGUGGGCGUUAGAUCUUAGCCUACAUUACAGCGACAGCCUGGCCAUGUUCCAGCUCAUGUCCUAUGUCAGUAAUGGUGUUCUCGACCCGGCCAAGCAUGUCCUCAACGUUCCAAUGAACAAGCAAGAGAAACGUCAGAGGAGGCGAAGACUUGCUGGCCAGGAAGAAGAGACGGAGCCUAACACAGGUCGGUUUGGUGUCAUGAGUACUCGCCUCCUACACACAAACCUUGCUGUUGUCCACUACAGCGUGUUCUUCCAGAUGUGUAGGGCCCAUGGCAUUGGCUAUGAUAUCAAGGAGAAGCAGGGAACAGUAUUUACAUUAAUUGACAGUUUUAACAGAGAAAGGUUGGGCAUGUUGACCAUUGGAGACAAUCUACAAGGAGCUUUAGCUACGUUUGCUAGGAACAUGUCUGUCAUUCACCAGGAGAUCUCGGCACCAAACAUGCAGGGAGAGACCAAUUUCAAGAGUGCAAUAGAAGAUGUAGAAGGAAUUCUGGGUACGACAAUAGAGAAUGCAGAUGAGCCAGAUCACGAGGAGACCAAUGACCAGUCAUGAAAACUUUUUAUCAGGAGGAUAACUUAUAGCAAAAUACAUAUAUGUGUGACUCUUGUCAGUGUCUCGGUGACUUUCCUAUUCCAAAUGUAUAUUGUUCAUGCUCAUCUUUAGGGAAAUUUCUGUGCAAGAAAUACUUACUACAUAAUACAAGGAAAUCCUACAGUUCCUUUGGGAAUAAGGCAUUUUAAACUUAUUCUCAAGAAAGAAUAUCCCAUUAUUGAAUGUUGGUAAAUGAAAAUAAUAAUUUAUUAGAUGGGGAGAAGUUGAUGUUCAAUUUUUAGAAUGUCUGCUUUUUACCUCUGUUGAUCUGAAUUAUAAAAUUGUUGUGACAAACCAAAAGCUACUGGUGCUGUUAAGCUCAGCAUUAAGAUGUUAUGGGGGCCAAAACACUUGAUAUGUUAGCUGGUUAUCCGGGCCAGUUACCAAAAAGGGAAAGAAGUGUAUAACUGUGAUAUUGUUUUCCUUGUUGUCAUUACUUUUGUGGGGGUAUGUUUAUUGUUUUAAAUCUGUGAUAAAAACAUGUACAAUUAAAGUUGUCCGUCAUGACACCUGGAUCAGCAUUACCCGAGUAAUGAACAAAUCAUUAAUCCUCUGUGUAUUUUGUAUGGUGAUAUAACUUGUUCCCAUGUCUGCAAACAUCAAUAAGGUGCAGGCUUGCUUUGUUAACAUGUAGCUUGUUAAUUAAGAUGAUAAAAAUCUAUUUCUUAUAUCUGAUGGGUCCCAUUCCAGACAGUUAUUCAAAGGAAUAGCCUUUGACAGUCCCACUCUGGAAGAGUUCCAUUCCAGACAGAAAUUCAGCGGAAUAUUCUGGGAGAAUCCCAUUCCAGACAGGAAAAUUGAGGGUUAGUCUAGGAGAGUCUCGUUCCAGAUGGUAAAUUAGAGGGAGAGUCUCAUUCCAGACAGUAAAUCCGAGGAUUUGUCUAGGAGAGUCCCAUUCCAGACAGGAAAAUUGAGGAUUAGUCUAGGAGAGUCUCAUUCCAGAUGGUAAAUUAGAGGGAGAGUCCCAUUCCAGACGGGAAAAUUGAGGAUUAGUCUAGGAGAGUCUCAUUCCAGAUGGUAAAUUAGAGGGAGAGUCUCAUUCCAGACAGUAAAUCCGAGGGUUAGUCUAGGAGAGUACCAUUCCAGAAGGUAAAUCCGAGGGUUAGUCUAGGAGAGUCCCAUUCCAGAUGGUAAAUCCGAGGGUUAGUCUAGAAAAGUCCAAUUUCAGACGAUAAAUCCGAGAGCUAGUCUAGAAGAGUACCAUUCCAGACAAUAGUUAAAAGUUAGAGUCUAGGAAGUCCCAUUCCAGACAUUUUAAACAAUCCUAGAGAUAAUCAGCCGGAGAGUCCCAUUCCAGACACAAUAUUGAGGAAGUCUAAUAUAAGUUGGUGCUUUAUCAAUAAACCAGAAGAGCUGUAUUUCUUUGUUUUUGUAGAAACUGAUAGAUAAACAAUCUAUAUAUUGGUAGUAACAAGAGUUUAUCAUGUAAACAUGUUAAAAUUCAUCUUAAAUUUUUUACCAAGUUUUACCAAGAUACAUGUCUUUUUUUGCUUACAAUUCUUUUAAAGACAUUCAAAACAGACACCACUGACCAUUUGCCAGUUUUUUGUGAUGUUUCCAGCUAGAACUGUUUCUAUUUGUAAAUGUUAUGCUGUUUGUUAAAUUUGCCACUUCCAUCCAAACAUAAACCCUUUCAAGUCACAGAAAUGAGGAUGACUUUUUGUAGGUAAUUUUUUUCUACACCACUUACGAUGAUAUAUGUUAAGUUUGCCUGUUCCGUCCAAAAAAUAAACCCUUACAAAUGAUUUGAAAUCACAAAAGAGAGAGUACCUGGUAAUUUUUGGUACAUCAAUGAUACACAUGUAAAAGUUGAGAAAGAUAUUGGCUGGUUGCAAAGGCCCUACAACCACGGAUAAUAAUUUGUGAACCGCUUUGAGACGACGUACGAACUAGGUUGUGAUAAAGCGGUAUGCAUGUUAAGUUUGCCCACUCCGUCCAAAAAUAAACCCUUUCAAAUCACAAAAAUGAAGGUGACUUCUUGCGCAUAAUUUUAUUUUCUAUACAAAUUGCAAUGAUACACGUGAAUCCCCUUUAAAUCUCAAUAAUGAGGAAGGCUUUUACAUCUCUCCGUCCAUUUCUGUUGUGAAUGUUAGGUGUCCAGCCAAUGUGAUAUGUUGGUUGAAUAUUGUGAUAUUUUGUUAUGUGUCUUUCCAGUAGAGAAGCAUAUCAAACAUGCAUCUUUAUUCCACAAGUACUAUGAUUGUCCAAGCACUUGUUCUGUUGUUUGUAUUAGCAGCUGCUCUUUGAAGUGAAUGUUAUUUCAAAGGUUAAAACAAAAUCCCAAACAGAUUAAGCAAUUUAUAUUUACACCAAGAAAGUUGAUCAUAAAUGCCAACUAGAAUAAACACCACAAGUCAAUCAUAUUGAAAGAAUUUUACUUGAAUGACCUUGACCUUUGACUUUUUAGACUGCAGGAUCGAUAACUGAAGAGUUAUCUACCUUUUAUAUGCUAAAAAAACCUGGUACAUUUGUACUGAAUUAUUGAUAGUCACUGAUGGACAAUAUAACAUCAUAUUAUGUCCUCCAAUGUGGCCACGGAUGCGACACAUGAUAUACAUCCAGAUUCUUUUUUACAUAAAGUUGUUUUUAGCAUCUCAUGUAUGAAUUAUUGUUAACUGUAACAUAAAACCGUGUAAAUAAUAACUGAUUACCUUGUAUCUGUGGGCCAAAUUACCUGGUACCUAGGGGCCAAAGUGUGUCUGGGUAUUGGGGAGAUUAAUUUGAUGUUUAUAUAUAGUAAAUUUCCUCAUUUGUACAAUUUGUUUUAUCUGUGGUGUUUUAGAUUGGAAUUCAUCAACUCUACUGUAUUGACAUUGGUACCAUUUUAGUAUUAUAUAUAGUUGUGUUUUUAUAUGUAUUAUGUUCAUCCAAUUAUAGAUAUUUAUUGAAUUUUUUCUGUUAUUAAUUUUUAUAUGAAAAAUUAAUGUACACUGAAUUAUCAGAAUGAAAUGAUCAUUAUGAAAUGU